AUGCUGGCGCGGAAGCGCCCUGCGGCGUCCGACUUCGCCGCUCCCCGCCACCCCCAGGGUCAGCCGGGGGACUCCCGUGCGGGCGCGCGCUUGCCCGCGGAGGGGCCGCGUGGCGCGUGUACCCCCAGGGUCAGCCGCGCGGCCCCGGGGCCGUCUGGCGAUUGCACCCCCAGGGUCAGCCGGGCGGCUUCGCCGGGCGCCAUGCUGGCGCGGAAGCGCCCUGCGGCGUCCGACUUUGCCGCUUCCCGCUACGCUGCUGAUUUUUGGGGCCUCGCGGGAGGCAGGGGCAAGCGCGGCCGCAGGAAGAGGACGGCCGCCGCGGACGAAGGGCCGCAGGUGGAAUGUAGAGACUACUCCAACUGCAACCAGCGCAACGAGGACGCGUGUAAGGACCUGCUGAUUUCUCUGGCCACGGAUGACUUGCGAGGGCGCCUGACGCGCAGCCGCUACGACCUGGAGAGCGCCCGGCGCUCGGAACGGCUGAGACAGAUCGAGGCGGGGAAAGCGCUCGAUGACGACUGGUUGGGGGAGGCGGCGAGUGCCUUCAACGUCCCUACCCGCAAGAGGAAGCAAAUGCAGGUCGUGGAAGACGUCCUGGAGGCCGUGCGACAGACCCGACAGCGGGCCCCGGGCACGGCGACCGCCAUGGACGCCGAUCGCAGGGAGGCGCUUCGCAGGCGCACGUGGAGCUCCAUGGCCGCGUUGCACGAGGCGAAGGUCUGGGGUAUGCGCGCGACGCAGAGGGAUAUCCUGAGGCCGCAAGGUGUCGACGCGCUGCGGGAUGAGCUGCUAGUCAGAUCUUGUCCGGAGGAUCUGCGCCUGCGCGUGGUGGGCGAGUGCCUCCAGCGGCGCGGAGGCUGGCCCGCCGAGGCAGCAGACCUCGGCGGCGACGACCUCUGGGCGCGCCGCUAUUUGCACAGCGCGAUGGCCCGAAGGUACGCCAGCGCCUCCACUGGCGAGCAGCUCUUGCCGGGCGACGUGGCGCGGUGGCAGCAGCUGCUCGACAGGAUCCCGGAGGCGCAGCGGCCCACCUGGCAGGCGGACCCUCUGCGCCAGCAGUUGCAGGCCCACUACGAGGAGCAUGGCCACCUGAACGUGAGGCCCUCGACCAGGAGAGCCGACGAUCCCGAUCGCCUUCUACUCGAAGGUUUGAAGGUCCUGCGCCGCGCACGGCUGGAGGAUGUCAGGGGCGAGCGCGGCCAUCUGCUGCGCCGGCAGCUCUCGCCCGGGGACAUGGCCGCGUGGGAGACGGCGGUCCCGGCCAACGUGUUGUGGGGCACGGUGCGCCAGGCCGAGGCGUAUAUCCCUGGCAGCGCUAUUCUCGGCAGCCGGUGCGAAUGGCCCAGAGAGCCCGUGUGCUGCCAGCCGUGCCCGUGCUACCUCUGCGGCCAGGACUUCGCCACGAAGCAGUUGUUGCAGGAGCACUGGCGCGAGGAGCACGUGAACCUGCCCGAGGCCGAGCGGGGCUUGCUGGCGCCGCGGCGAGUGGAGGAAGAGGUCCGAAAGAGAAUCCUUGCGGACGAACAGCUGGAGGGCCCCUUCGAGGUCCGGGGCGCCGAGCAGCGCCGCGCGCUCGGACGCUUCGCGGAGAACCAGACGCAGAGCCGACCGGGGGGUGCGUGGGCCGGGCACUUCGAGAGCCGGCAGACCGCCCCGACCACCUGCCGCGCCCUGAGCGGCUGCGUUGUCUGCGCGCGCUCUUUCUGGCUGGAGGAACUCUUCGACGCGGACUUGUUCGUGGAGCCCGUGGACCCCGAGCUGGCAGCGGGCGCCGGCGAUCCCGCGGCGGACGGCGCCCAGGGGCACGGCGCGGAAGGCGUGCCGGCGGACGCGCCUGCGCGUCACCCCCGGGGGCACCCGGAGCCGCCGCCCGCCGAGGACGCGGCCCCGCCGCGCCGGGCUCGCUUCGCGGUGCGGCCCGAGGCCGCCGCGAAAGUCCACGCGCUCCUCUCCGUGGAGCGCUAUGCCGCGAGCAGUCAGAUGUUGGAUUCCAGGGGAAGGCGAUUUCUGCCGUUGCUGGCGCGCGUGGCCCAGGCGGCGCGCCUGGAGACGUCUCGCAAGGUGGAUCUCCUGCGCAGCGCCGAGCUGCCCGCCCCCCCUCCCGAGGCGCAGCGAUUCCUCGCUGAGUCCGUCGUCAUUGCCCUGGCAGGGGCCGACGUGGACGACCUCAGCAAGGCCCGGUGGGCCAACGUGCGCAAGGGCGAAUACAUGGGGGCCGCCAGCUUCCUGACCUCCCAUUCGGUCUCGUACAACGACAUGACCUGCAACCAGGACAGGGCAGACGCCGUCAUGAGCGACGCCGGCGCCGUCCCCGAGGCCGUGCGAAGCAUUGCAAUCCCCAUUGAGGUCUCCGAGCAGCUGAAGCACCGGCUGGAGGGCCCCGCCGACGCCUGCGCCGGGGCCGACGAGCAAGUCGUCAGGGUGGACGGGGAGGAGUGCGCGUCCGAGCACGAGGCAGAGGAAGAGGAGGGGGAGAACGAUCUCAACGCCGCGCUGCCCGACCCGGACUUCCCCGCCGAGGCGCUCCCGGCGAUGUCUUUCUGCGCCGAUGCCGCGACCGGCGGCGACCUCGACGAGCUCCAGGCGAUCCGCAAGGUGCACGGUGAGCUCGAGGCUCUGCAGGAUUCCAUGCGCGAGGAGGCCUCCGGCAUGGGCUACCCGCGCCGGCGCCUCAUCAAGCAGCUUCAGGUCAGCGCCAGAGGCAUGCUGGAUCGCGGCUUGGCGGACAGGAUCCACCACCACCACAAGACGGUCACGGCCCUGGAGGAGACGGGCCAACGGGCGGCGGCUCCCAUAGGCGCGAUGGAAGGGUAUGCCCAGGGCACUGCCGCACAGCCGCUCUCGAUGUACAGCCCCGAGCUCUGGUCCAUGUGCUUCCCCGACAAGUUCCCGUACGGCGACGGCGUGUUCGGCUUGUCCAGGACUGCGCCCAUGUCGUUCCAACAGUGCACGUCAAUGCACUUGCUCCGCGAGGAGCUGGUGCACCAGGUCACGCCCGAAGAUUUGGCCGCGGCCGCCGCUUGCAAGGCGUGGGUCGAGACCGCCGCGGACGGGCCCGGCGCGACCGGGCAGUCUCGCCCCUCCGGCGGCUCCUGCGCCUGCCAGCAGUGCAGAGAGGCGUGCCGGCGCUACGUCGCGCCCGAGCAGCCGCGCUGGGGGGCCGACCGCGAUCUCAUCUGCUGCUACUACGACGCCGGGCGCCGCAUCGAGCAGAUCCGCAGGGCCAGGGGCCACGUGCACAGAACGGGCUUCCAGGAGCGCCUGGAGAAGAUCUGCGCGGCCUCCACGGAGAAGCUCGAUGCCGCCGUGCAGAGCCUAGGGCCGAAUGCGUCCCUGAAGGACGCGAUGCGGUCCCCCGCCGUGGACCAGGACGUCAAAGACGCGCUCUCCGAGCUCAUGGUGUUCACCUCAGAAGUUCUCGGCUCGGACGGCGCGCGCGCGAAAUUGCGCCACGAGCAGAACGGCUUCGCCCUCAUGUUCGGCGGCGCCGGUGGCUUUCUGACUCCGAACGUCGCGGACGUGCGGAGCCCCAUCUUGCUUGCCCUGCACGCGGCGGGGGGCUGCGAGACCCGCGCCGUGGACCUCCUCGCGGAAGCCCCGGACAUGCCCUCCGCGCGGAAGAUGCUCCAGAUCGUGGCGCAGGACCCGGUGGCCCAGGCCCGCUUCUUCAUCUUUAGCAUGAAGCUUUUCUGCGAGCACGUGCUGGGCACCGGCCCCUGGGACUUCCACCUGCGCCACAACGGCCGUUGCGACGGGGCGGCUUUCCCCGAUGGCUUCGCCACUUCGUGCACGGGCGGAGCCUUCCUCAUGUUGGCGGCGCUGCACGGGCCCAUCGAGGAGCAGGCCCGGCUGUCCAUCCACCCGCACAUCCUCCUGUGGUUCGUGCACGCGCAGUCCGAGCAGUGGCUCCGGUGCGUGCUCAACAGGGAGACCGAGGAGAUCCGGCAGCGGCUCCGCGUGUGGCAGGAAAAGACCUUGGCCGCAGUGCAGUCCAUGCAGCUGGACUCAGCGGCCGUGCUCCCGCUGCUCCUCACCGACGACCCCGACCGGGCGCCCGAGCCCAGGAACACGCCCUUCUCCGAGAAGCUGCAGCGGGAUUGCCGCAUGGAUGGGGAGCUGGAGCACGACGUGGACGAGCCGGAGAAACGGCGCGUCUUCUUGGCCACAGAGCCCCCAUUCGAGGACCACCACCUCCGACGGCAUCGGAUGUCCUUGGCGCCCGAGGCGCGACCCAUGAGCGAAUACAUGGUGCCCCAGACGGGCGCCCAGCUCUGUCGCCUCGAGCACUACAGGCUGCUGCGCCCGACCACGGGCGACGACCUGGAGACCGCGGCGGGCCGGAGCGCGGAGGCGGCGGCCUGGGCCGCGCGCUACGCCGAGGAUUACCGCCAGGACAUCGCCGUGGGCCAGAUGCACCAGCACAAGGACACGUGCUUCAAGUACGUUGUCGAGAAGUCCAUGCGCUUCGCGCGGCACUGCCGCUUCAACUUCUGCCACUUCGUCAAGCUCUGGCUCCGCGUCGGCGACGGCGGGGACUCCUCGGCGCAGCAGAAGCGCUCCAAGAAGCUGGUGACCUUGGCGCGGACCGGCAAAGACCUCGUGCUGCCGCGGGGGCCAGGGGAACCGGAGCCGGAUAUGUUCCCCCUGGACGAGGACGGCGCGCCCGUGCCCCUGCGCCCCGGGCGCAAACUCGGCCCGGUCGUCAACCUCGAUCCCGACCAUGGGAAGCAGGGUCUGGUCAUGCCCAUUCGCUGGAACCCGAUGGAAGGCAGCUCCAACGGCGUGGCCCAGACGGCGCUGAACUCCAACGUGGACUUCCAGAGUAUGAUGCGCACUUUCUUUGACGGAUUUGAUGUCCAGAUGCGGGACGGGCUGCGCGACCCGCCCCUCUCGGCGGACGACGAGGCCUCGCUCCAGGCGGAGGAGGACGAGAAGUUCGAGGCAAGCUUCGCCGCGAACAUGGAGAAGCUUGCGGCCGCCCGCAAGAGGGCCAACAAACCAGAGCUGGAAUAUGAGGAGGCGGAGAUGAGGCUCCGGCAACAGCGAGCCGCUCGCAGGGCGGCGUAUCUGAGGUUGGGCCCGGCCGAGCGCUUCAGGCGCAGUAUCAAAGCAAUGACCGUCACCAUUAUGAAGCAGUCCGUUCAGGCCAUGUUCUACGCUUGCGACUACUCCACGAAGCCGAACAUGACCUGCGCGCCGCUCCUGGUCGCGGUUCGCGACGGCAUUCGGCGCCUGGAGGAGCGGCUCCGCACCGAGGUCCAGGACGAGGCUCGGCGGCGCUUGAUCCGACAGGCCACCGCUGCCAACCAGGCCAUCGUGAAGGGGAACUGCCUCAUGGUCAUGCAGAUGCUCACCCGACGCGAGGUGCUGCGCUCCCACUCCACCUGGCAGUUGAUGAUGAAGAACGCCAUGUGGCUGGCCUUCGAGGGCCGACGACUUCGGCAGGGGUUCGACGAGCGCGAGCAGCUGCACGAGGCCACGGUGCUCCUCGACGCCGCGGAAGUGGACAGCCAGGCCACUGACCCGGACGAUUGUGACAGCGAGCCCGAGGAGCGCGACGAGAGCGCCGACGGCGACGCCGCCGACGAGGCUUCAGACAUCCCAGAGGCACCGCGCAAUCAUGCGUCGCCGCUGGGCACACGCGGCGAGAGUCCGGCUGGGCCGCGGAGGCGCCCCGCAGCGAUUGCACCCGCAGGGUCAGCUGCGCGCCCGGCGCCGCCGCCGGCCAGCGUCGCCGCCGAGCUCGGUUCUGCUGCCUCCACGCAGGUCGCGGCCGCGGGCGGCGCGCCCACAGACGAUCUCUUCGCGGCGCGCGGGGAGCGCGGCCCUUCCUUGGCCGAGGAGGCCACGGACGAGCCGCAGCAGAGAAACGCGGGGGUCCGCCUGAAGAGCAACAGCUACUACGACGACUACUUGCACCGCGGCUCCGCCGAGUUCGGCGCGUCGGGUCGAGCGGCGAAGUCUCCCCUGGCCUCCAUGUCGUAUUACGACUACGGCGCAGAGUGCGUGCGCGUGUGCCCGGGGACCGACCCGGAGACGAACGCCUGUUUCAAGCAGGUGUUGUUGAGGCCGCAUGCGUGCCCGGGGCCGGACAGCUGUCGCCAGGUGCACUUCGCUCAGCACUUCUGCUGCGCGUCCCGCAGCAGGGAGGGAGGGCGGGCCAGGGGUCGCGCCCCUCUCUCCUUCCUGGGACCUUGGCGCGUGUAUCGCGCCGAGCAGCUCGUCCUGGCGAAGCGGGCCGACCAGGCCCUGCAGCGCUCGCGGCAAUGCCCCGUGCUGCACGACACAACCGCCAUCCGUUACUGGCAUCUCCCCGGCACCGUGCGCGGGGGCCCGGUCCACGAGAGUUUCCUGCCGUUGCUCUGCGGCGGCCGCCAUGCGACGGAUCCUGGUUUGGACGGCACGUGGUGCCGCCGCCGCGAGAUCCCGACCCCCGUCGCAGGCGCCGAUCUGCAGCGGCCGUCGCGCGGAGCGGUUUGCUGGCGCAUGGCCCUCCCGGUGGACCUCGCCUGGGCCGUGCUGCGCUUCGCGGGCGACGUCCGCGGCGACGACGGGCGGCGCCUGGGGGUCGCCGGCUCGGAGGAGGAGCGCGCUCGGCUCGACGAGCGGGCGGCCCUCGAGGGCGAGUCGAUCGCCUGCGCCUGUCCUGGAGUUCACGACGACCAGCUGACCCCCGAGAUGUUCUUCGCUGUUCGGCACGUGGAGGUGGCCGCCCGCCUGGAGUACAUGGCCGAGGCCCGCGGGCUGCCGAAGCCGGCAAGGGGGCCCAGCGACGCGGUGGCGGAGGAGGAGCUCGGCGGAGAUCGCUCCGACGAUGACGGGGCCUUCGGCCUGGACGAGGCUCUGCCAGGUGAAGAUUCCUCCGCGGAGGAGCGCCAGGAAGUGGCAGACGCGCGAGAGGACAAGGAGGGCAUGAGACCUCGCUGGAGGCUGGCAGAGGACGAGUUCGACGACGUCGUGCACCGGACGGCGGCGGCCCAGGCGGCUAAGAGCAGUCGCGUGGGAGCGCACAAGAAAGCCUUGAUGGAAACGUUCUUGCAGUUGCAACGCCGCGCUUACGCCUGCGUUCGGCAGCCCUGCGCCGUGCCCGAGCGCGCCCCUCGGCUGGCGGCGAUGACUCCUGCUGACGUGCAGACCGCCACAAAGAACCAGGACGCGAUCCGCGAACAGAGGGCCGCCCAGGACGACAAUCUGGAGGCCGCGGGCGCCGAUCUGCCCGUCGCCGCGGCGGCCUUCUCCGACGCGCCCGCGCCGUCGAGGCGCCUCGGCCCGGAGGACGUGCCGAUCUCCCCGCUGCAGGCGGCGCUGACCCUCAUCGCCGAGUCUGGGGUCUGGAAGAGCAAGGAGCAGUACCUGGUGACGCUCUUCCUCCUUCAACCGAUACAACAACUGUGGCAGAAGGCCCUCGAGACGGACGGCUUGGACAGCUUGUCCACGGCCGCGGGCCUCGCAGCGGCCUCGAGAGACGUGCAGGUCCGCCGCGACUUCCUGCACGGCCCGGGGGGCUCGGGGAAGACGUAUUGCAUGACCGAGGUGGUCAACAAGGUGGUCGUGCGUUUCUUCGGGCACAGGGGGCUGAAGCUCGUGGCCGCGGCCAACAGCGCCGCCCGCAUUCUCGGCGGCAAGACCAUGCACGCGGCGGCGAAGCUGACGCGGAAGCAGUCUCUCGCGGCGAGUAAAUUGAAACCCAACACCAGGGCGAAGAAGAAGUUGGAGGCCGAGUGGGAGUAUCUUGUGCUCCUCCUCGCCGACGAGAUCGGCCUGGCGUCCCCCCCGCUCCUUGCGGGCCUGAGUCGCCGCGCGACUUUCGGCCGCAAGGACUUGCUGCGGCUGUGCGUGGCGAGGGCCAUCGAAGAGCCCUUCGGCCAGGUCCCCGUGCAGGCCAUCAUGGGCGACUUCAUGCAGAUCAACCCGGUCUGCAGCCACACGCUGCUGGAAGCCCUGCUGGCCCGCGCGCGCGUCCCCGGCGUGCCGCGGAAGAUCACGGACGAGGACGAAGACGGCUGGAAGGUCUUCAGGAAGAUGGCCUCCGACGUGGUCGUCUUCACUGGCACGCACCGCUUUCUCGACGAGGACCUACCGCUGCUUUUCGAGGUCAUGCGCACUCCGGGCGGGGCGAGAGUGCCUGACGACUUGCGCGCGAAGAUCAGAGAUCGCGUCCAGCGGGGCCCCGACGACCCGAGGAUGUCCAUGGACUACGAACUGGAGGGCGUUCGGGGCUUCUUCGCCCUCGGCGCUCGCGCGGCGAUCCAGUGGGAGCAGGUCGCGCGCCUGCAGCAGCUCCACGUGCUCGCCUCCGCGAGGGUCUGCCCUGGCCCCAGGGCCUUGCUCAACGGGGAGGACGGCCGGCCGGAUCUUCGUCGCCACGGCUUCAGCGCGGCGCAUUCGGGGGCGCGCGGGCAGCUCGUCCAUUAUUUCCAGGCCGUGGACCGCUUCAAGCACCACCAGGACCGAGACAUGUACCUCGAGGCGCUGAAGUUCAUGAACCUCUCCAAGAGCAACGGCCUGCCGGGCAUGUGCGCGGCCUACUUGGGCAUGCGAGGGCGGCUCACGAAGAAGGUCAUGGGGCCGGAGCUGGUGCAGGAGGCCACGGGCGAGGUCGUGGGCAUCCGCUUUCACCCGCGGGAGCGAUUCGGCUUCGGGGAGAAUCUCGGCGGCGAUCUCGACCAGGUGGACUACACUGGCCUGGGCAAGCGGGGCGUGUUCCAUCUGGAGCCUGUGCAGGACGAGUGGGAGUUGCCCGUCGCGCGCGUGCAGACGGUGAAUCACCCGGGCGCGCCUCGGGCCAAGCAGUUCGUCGUCAAGAGCAAGCAGAAGAAGGGGCUGCAGGUCGCGCGCACGCAGCUCAGUUGGGCGCCCGAGGACCAGCUCACUUUCCAGAGCAUCCAGGGCCGCACUAUCCGCGGGCCCGAGGGCCAGCCCAAAGGUUUCGUCGUCGACCUCUUUCGGCCUGGCACGAUGCAGGGCGAGGAUCGCCGGGGGGUGUACUUCCAGCACGUCUGGAUGAUCCUUGGAAGAGCCAGGAAGCUGGAGUGGAUGCUGCUGCAGAACUUCCCGCUCGACGAGAGCACCGGCGAUCUGGACUGGUCGAUCCUCGAGCAAGGGCCGCCGGACUACCUCAUCGAGUUCUUGGGCGCGGCUGCGACGCUCAGCAGGAGGACUUCGCGCAGGAUGCUGCGCGCGCAGAAGGAGCUGGGGGCGCCGGCCUGGGAGGACGUGCCGGAGUGCCCGCUGGACCCCGACCGCCAGGGCAGAUUCUUGUAUAUCGCCGAGGACUGGAUCAGGGCGGGCGCCGCCUGCGCCCGGCCCGUCGCAAGCGCCUCGGCCGAGGCGAGGCCCGACGCGGCCCCGCGGAGGAGACUCCGGGGCAAGAGGCCGCGCGAGGAACUGCGCUCGAAGACGGACCGGCCGACCGCGCCGCCCGACGAGCCCGGGGGCGCUCCGCUGCGGCGGAAGCGGUCGCGCGGCGAGGGCGCCGGGGACGAGGGCGAGCGGGCCUGCGCGGUUCCUGGCGCGGCGCCAGCCUCUUCGACGCAGUCGAGUCUGCCGUCGGCGCCCUCGGCCAGCGCCGGCGGCUGGCAUUGUUCCUUGCUCGGCCGCGCCAUCGGCCGACGAAGGAGCGCGCCCGCGUGGUUCAACAAUCCUCUCAUGGGCGAGGUCGAUCCCGCGUCCGGCACCCAGCUGGGCCUCACGUGCGGUUUCUUCGCGGUGAACCAUUGCCUGGGCCACGCGGGCAUGCCGCAGCUGUCGGCCGAGGAGUUCCGGCAGGGCGCGGGAGACGGACUCUACCCCGAGGGGGAUUUCGACGACGGGGGGUUGCGUCAGAACCUCGCAGAGCGCGGGUGCCAUUUCGAUUUGUUGCAGGGCGCGGACCACCAGGACGCCAUCCUCGCCGUGGGGGACUCCGACAGCUGUCUGGCUGUCUUCAACGGCAACCACGCCUUGGGUGUCAUCCUGCACCAGCCAUGCCCUCGACAUUGGAUCGCGCUCGUUCGACCUCCAGAGGCCGUUCGAGACGGCGACGCCGCCUGGCUUUGCGACUCCUUGCACUCGGCGGUCUUCGCCCUUGAAGCCAGCGAGGUGCAGGACCUCCUCGGCCACGUUGGCUCGGCGCAGAUGGGCGCCGCGGACAGGGCCGGGAGCGAGCUCGACCGGAUGAGGGAGAUCUCCGACUGGUGUGCCUACAGA